AUGAUUGCCGUUCGUCAGUUUGAUUACGCAUGUCGAAACAUGGGGAGCGCAGGCAACAAUACCACAUUAUAUGAAGUUUUGUCUACCGAACUUAUACUUCAAAGAGACACAUUGAUUAAAGAUAUAUGGCCCAUACACAAAUGCUUAGAGCACAAUAUAAUUAAUGACACGUCGAACGAUGAACUAACGAAUAGAAUAUUUAUCAACAAUGGAACACAGAUAAUGUGCUUGGAACACGCUCCCAUCCUGACAAAGAGCACCGUAAUACGCGCCAGCAUACUCUCUGUGAUGGCUUUGUUAUCUUUCGCAGGGAAUUUCGCGACGAUGAUAAGCGUACAAAGGGGAAAGCGGGGCCGAAGACGAACGAGGCCUUCUUGGACUGCAAUAUAUAGUCUUAUAUUUCAACUAAGCAUAGCCGAUUUGUUAGUAACAGUAUUUUGUAUAGCGGGGGAAGCGGGGUGGUCGUUUUCAGUGCAGUGGUAUGCGGGGAAUGUAGGAUGCAAAUUAUUUAAAUUCCUGCAAAUGUUCUCGUUGUAUUUAAGCACUUUUAUUCUAGUUCUUAUCGGCGUUGAUAGAUGGUUAGCUGUGAAGUAUCCUAUGAAGAGUAUGGGAACUGCUACAAGAAGUACCAGAUUAGUUAUAAUUGCGUGGAUUUUGAGCUUCUUAUUUAGUUUACCACAAACCGUGGUAUUCAGGGUAGCAAAAGGUCCAUUUGUAGAAGAGUUCUACCAGUGCGUGACCCAUGGUUUUUAUACGGAUAGAUGGCAAGAGCAGGCGUAUACUACACUAUCACUUGUCUUUAUGUUUCUUCUACCACUUUUAAUAUUAAUCAGUACCUACGUGUCUACUGUAAGAACUAUUGCAAAGAGUGAAAAAGUAUUUCAACCGGAGACGAGACGAGAAAAAUAUUUAACUCCAGACAUGAAUAGACGAAGACUUAUCGAUAGAGCGAAAAUGAAAUCGCUACGAAUGUCUGUCGUUAUAGUAGCUGCGUUUGUGAUAUGGUGGACACCAUAUUAUAUUAUGAUGAUAAUUUUUACAUUCUCAAAUCCUGAUAAACGUUUAAGUGAGGAGCUACUUUCAGGGAUAUUCUUCUUUGGAAUGUCCAAUAGCUUGGUGAAUCCCGUUAUUUAUGGAGCUUUUCACUUAUGGCCCAGAAAGCGCGCUCGAUAUAGUGAUAAGGAAUCUGGUGGACCCCACGCAUCAUUAUUCCGCCGAGGUGACCUCACCUCAUCUGUCAGACUGACCACGAUCAGAUCGAUGAGAUCAUCAGCCAAAUAUACUAACGGACAAAACAAUGUGAGUGUUUUAUAA